AUGCCGAUCGAUGUUACAUCCUGUUCCAAGUCGACCUCCCUUGCAAUCCAUCAAGCACGUCUUCGAACCGGCUGUCAAAAGGAGAUUGAGAAUAUAAACAUGGACUUAGAUGCUCGACUAUCAAGGAAGGUACACCGGCCGAUGGUUACAUGA